CAGCUCAGUGCCGCCAUGACAGGCCCCCUCGGCUCCACAUCUCGCGAGAGUUGAGGAGGAUGACGUGCGCGGGAGGGCCCGGGACUGGUGCUGUCCUCCUCCUCCGGAGGGAGACCCGAGACCGCUUCAGUCCGUAAACCCCCGCGACCUGGGAGUAAAACACCCACUCUCCCUGGCGACAUGCGGGCCGUCCCCACCUGGAUUGACAGAGUGCACGACAGGGAGAAGGUCGAACAGUGUAUUUAUGAUAUUGCAUUCAAGCCGGAUGGAACUCAGUUGAUAAUAGCAGCAGGAAACAGAGUCCUGGUAUACGAUACUUCUGAUGGCACUCUUAUUCAGCCACUCAAAGGACACAGGGACACUGUAUACUGUGUUGCUUAUGCUAAAGAUGGUAAACGAUUUGCAUCGGGUUCCACUGACAAGAGUAUUAUAAUCUGGACUUCAAAACUGGAAGGCAUCUUGAAAUACACACAUAAUGAUUCCAUUCAGUGCAUUGCAUACAAUCCAGUCACACAUCAACUGGCUUCCUGUUCUUCCAGUGACUUUGGUUUGUGGUCACCAGAGCAGAAAUCUGUCUCCAAGCACAAAGUCAACAGCAAAAUCACCUGCUGCAGUUGGACAAACGAUGGUCAGUACCUGGCCAUUAGCCUGUUUAGUGGUAUUGUCAGUAUUCGAAGUAAGAGCGGAGAAGAGAAAGUGAGAAUUGAGCGACCUGGUGCUGCCCCAAUCUGGUCAAUUUGCUGGAAUCCAUCCAAAGAUGAGCACACCGAUAUCUUAGCUGUGGCAGACUGGGGGCAGCGACUUUCCUUUUACCAACUGAGUGGGAAACAGAUUGGAAAAGACAGGCCACUGAACUUUGACCCCUGUUGUGUCAGUUACUUCUCUAAAGGAGAAUAUAUUGUGAUGGGAGGCUCCGAUAAACAGGUCUCUUUGUACACAAAGGAUGGAGUUCGUCUUGGUAGCAUUGGGGAACAGCAAUCCUGGGUGUGGACCUGCAAAGUGAAGCCAGACUCCAAUUAUGUUGUUGUAGGUUGUCAAGAUGGUACAAUCGCCUUCUAUCAAAUAAUUUUUAGCACAGUGCAUGGACUAUACAAGGACCGCUAUGCUUAUAGGGACAGCAUGACAGAUGUCAUUGUACAGCAUCUCAUCACAGAACAGAAAGUGCGGAUCAGAUGCCGGGAACUUGUGAAGAAGAUUGCUAUCUAUAAGAACCGACUAGCAAUCCAGCUGCCAGAAAAAAUCCUGAUUUAUGAGCUCUUUUCAGAAGAUAAUACUGACAUGCAUUACCGAGUAAAGGAAAAGAUUACCAAAAAAUUUGAAUGCAACCUUUUAGUUGUAUGCUCACAGCAUCUUAUCUUGUGCCUGGAAAAGAGAUUGCAGUGCUUAUCAUUUAGUGGCGUGAAGGAGAGAGAAUGGCUCAUGGAGUCACUUAUUCGCUAUAUUAAAGUCAUCGGAGGACCAUCAGGAAGAGAAGGCCUAUUAGUUGGUCUGAAAAAUGGUCAGAUUCUGAAAAUAUUUGUUGACAACCCAUUUGCCAUUGUGCUUCUUAAGCAAACGACAUCUGUACGUUGUUUAGACAUGAGUACAUCACGCAACAAACUGGCUGUGGUGGAUGAACACAACACUUGUCUGGUAUAUGACAUAAGUACAAAAGAACUCCUUUUCCAGGAGCCGAAUGCCAACAGUGUGGCUUGGAACACCCAGUGUGAAGAUAUGCUUUGUUUUUCUGGUGGUGGUUUUCUCAACAUCAAAGCCAGUAAUUUUCCAGUGCACCAGCAGAAGCUUCAGGGCUUUGUGGUGGGAUAUAAUGGCUCCAAAAUCUUCUGCUUACAUGUGUAUGCCAUGUCAGCAGUUGAAGUCCCACAGUCUGCACCAAUGUACCAGUACUUGGAGAAGAAAAUGUAUAAGGAAGCCUAUCAAAUUGCCUGCUUGGGUGUAACAGAGAAUGAUUGGAGAGACCUAGCAAUAGAGGCUUUGGAAGGAAUGGACUUCGACACUGCUAAAAAGGCAUUUAUCAGAGUGCGGGAUCUCCGCUAUCUGGAGCUUAUUAGCAGCAUUGAGGAGCGUAAAAAGCAUGGUGAAAAUGACAACGAGUUGUUUCUCGCAGAUGUACAUGCCUACCAAGCCAAGUUCCAUGAGGCAGCUAAACUGUACAAGAAGACUGGAAAUAACAGUCGUGCCUUAAAUAUGUAUACUGACCUAUGCAUGUUUGAUUAUGCCAAGGAUUUCCUUGGCUCAGGUGAUCCCAAGGACACAAAGAUGUUGAUUACUAAACAAGCAGACUGGGCCAGGAACAUCAAUGAACCAAAAGCAGCUGCAGAAAUGUACCUGUCUGCAGGAGAGCAUCUAAAAGCAAUUGAGAUCAUUGGGGACCAUGGUUGGGUUGAUAUGUUAAUUGAUGUAGCUCGUAAGUUAGACAAGGCUGAGCGGGAACCCCUUUCAAGGUGUGCCUAUUUUUUAAAGAAGCUGCAGCAUCCUGGAUAUGCCGCAGAGACGUACAUGAAAAUGGGAGACCUUGAGGCCCAGGUCUUGCUGCAUGUGGAGACCAGGCACUGGGAGGAGGCCUUUGCUUUGGUGGCUCGGCACCCAGAAUUCAAAGACACUGUGUAUGUGCCAUAUGCACAGUGGCUGGCGGAAAAUGAUCAAUUUGAAGAAGCCCAAAAAGCAUUUCACAAGGCUGGCCGGCAAGAUGAGGCAGUCAAGGUUCUGGAACAACUGACUCACAAUGCAGUUCUGGAAAGCCGUUUCAAUGAUGCUGCAUAUUAUUAUUGGAUGUUGUCAAUGCAGUGUCUAGACAUAGCUCGAGAGAAUGCAGAGAAGCAACAGGAGAUGCUUAAGUUGUUUCACCAUUUCCAACACCUGGCGGAACUCUACCAUGCAUACCACUCAAUCCAGAGAUAUACGGAUGAACCUUUUAGUUCCCAUUUACCUGAAGCACUUUUCAACAUCUCCCGAUUUUUGCUUCAUAAUCUUACCAAAGAAACCCCUUUAGGCAUCUCCAAAGUUAAUACUUUAUAUGCCCUAGCCAAACAAAGUAAGGCGCUGGGAGCAUACAAACUGGCCCGGCAUGCCUAUGACAAACUACAGGGUCUUCGCAUUCCUGCCAGGUUCCAGAAGUCCAUUGGGCUAGGUAGCCUGACGAUUCGAUCUAAGCCAUUCCAUGACAGUGAGGACUUUGUACCUAUGUGCUACAGGUGUUCAACUAAUAAUCCACUGCUCAAUAACCAGGGAAAUGUAUGCAUUAACUGUCGACAGCCAUUUGUAUUCUCUGCUUCCUCUUAUGAGGUGCUACCACUUGUUCAGUUCUAUUUGGAAGAAGGGAUCACAGAUGAAGAAGCAGUGGCCCUGAUUGAUCGAGAAGUGCCUAUCACAGAACUGAAAAAGGAUGGAUGGCAGGAAAAGAAUAUUGGAGAUGCACAGACUCUACAGCUUGAUGACAGUGUGACAAAGAUUGAGACGGACCCAUUCACUGCAAAACUGAGCUUUGAGCAAGGAGGGUCAGAUUUUGUUCCUGUGGUUGUGAAUAGAGAUGUUCUGCAAUCAAUGAGUAGGAGGGAUGUUCUGAUUAAACGCUGGCCAAAGCCAUUAAGAUGGCACUACUUUCGAUCACUGUUACCUGAUGUCUCCAUUACAAUGUGCCCUACAUGUUUCCAGAUGUUUCACAGUGAAGACUAUGAGCUGCUUGUUCUCCAGCACAACUGCUGUCCAUACUGUCGCCGGCCAAUAGAUGAACCCAGUGUCUGAUCUCCACAGCGUGACAAAAGUCUAAAAAGGAUAAUGCCAUUCCUGGGAUAGAGAAAUCGCAACCUGAAGAACUUUACAGCCGCUACUAAUGUUAAUGGCAUCAUCUGUUGUACCUUGAUCUGCUUCACACUGACCUUCCAGACCAAGUUGGUUGUAUUGUGGAGGCAUGGAGACCAACUCUAUACUGAACGUAGAAGUGUCUCAAAGAUUCACUCCCUUAACAUGCAGUGUUAGCAUUCUCUUAUUGAUUGAACCGAAAACGAAAGGAUUGAGGACUGUAUGUGAUGUGAGAAAUAUGUAUGUUAACUAAAAUAACCUCAUGGGUGACACUUACAUGAUGUGACCAGUUCUUUAAAUACAAUCCCUCUGAGGUAUAUGGUAUAUGAGUAAUGCUGGUUUAUUCAUUACCAGCAAUAGGUUGAAUAGACUUAGUAUUAACAGUUUGCUCCCAUUCCCAACUCCAGCUGCUCUCCCCAACCACCUCCUCCUCCUCCCCCCCCAGCCGCCCCGAGUAUAUGGUUUUCCAGGAGAUAUAUUGGAAGAUCUUGUUGAACUAUACCGGCGUACAUUAGCUGCAGCAGAGUGUGCGAUUGGUACCUACUUUCAAGCUAACUAAAUGAAUAUGCAGCACUGAUACAGAGCUUUGACUGUUGGGACCAGUAUUCGCUCCACUGAUUUGAAAUAUAUUACAGAAUCAGAAUAGAUUUACAGCAGUCCCCCACCUCCCACAACAUGUAUUUCCUUUGUGUUUGCUAAUUUAAAAAACAUGCCAAAAUCAGCUGAAAUAAUCUACAGUGCACAAAUGGGUUUGUCUAGUUUGUUCCACCCUCCUCCUCCCUGCUCCUAAAAGUUUAAGUGCUGUGCUUCGAACAAGGGAUUAUACCAUAUUGUAAGAGCUGCAAGUAUUUCUUCCUCUCUGAAUGAGGAAAGCCAGACAAAUUGGGGGAGAGAAUGAAAUAUCUGCUUACCAUGAUGUGGUUGAGGAAGGGUGGGAGGAUGCUGGAUUGGAGAACAUUAAGACCAGCAUGCAUUGGUUAAACUGAAUGGUCUGUUUCUGUACCUAGCCCCAUACUGUCUCUAUCCUGGGAGUGUUUGAGAUGUGGACAGUGUCAGGGAGGUUUAGUUUAAGUUUAAAAGUGUAGAAGGACCUUUACUCCGAAUCUAACGCUGUGCUGUAGAGUGUUUAAUGGAGGCAGUGUUUAUUUAGUUUCAGUUUCAAAAGUGUAGAGCAAGUUUUGCUCUAUAUCUAAGCCCACUCUGCAGCUGUCCUGAGUGUUUGAUGGAGGACAGUGUUGAUAAUGCAAGCCUAUAUCAAAAUCUAUAAAAUAGUUGCUUUGGGUUUGUAUGAUUACCUUCAUGCUACCUUGGUCCAAUUUAAAUCCAGUUACCUCAAAGUAAAAUUAAUACAUUCCAUGUGAACCAAAAUGCGAUCACACCCACCCAGUUUAAAACCUGCCUGCAACAUAUAAGAAGAAUUACUGAACUAUUUUCAAAAAUGAGCUUAUAAACAAAACCCCAUCUUCACACGAAUUGAGAAGCCUCUUGACAGAAAUGUGUGUGGAGUGAGGAUAGACUUUGUAUUCUCAGUAAAUUUAAUUGGCAUGUUUGGAGCUUGUUUAUUAAAAGAUGUCUGGAAUGGUUUGGUUUGCCAUUUCACAUAAACAUACAUAUAGAACAUACACAAGAACAGGCCCUAACAUAAUCUUCUCAUUUAUGGAUAGUGCUUGAUGGUUUUACAGUCUGUGCUGAGGGCAGCUUUGUGAUGAUAUCGUAGUUGUACCAAACCAUUACAGAAGUCCGUCUAGCAGAUGAUGACAUUCUGCAGUGUCUCUGAAGUUUGGGUCAGAUCCAGUUCAGACUGUUGAGAUAACAGUCUCUUCUCAGGGCAUGAAAUGAGCUUUGGACAAUCACAACCCACUUCCCAGAGAAUGCAAGUUUACGGCUGCUUCUACUGUUUAAUUAUGGGGCCAAUUUUCUGUUUGCAUACUUCUCACACAGAGUAUCAUCCGGGAUAGCACAGCAAGAGAUCAAACAACAUAAACACAAAACUUACAGAACUCACCCUGAUGCUUCCUGCUGACCUGAACUUUGCACGAAGAAUACUACCAAGUGAAAUCUUAUUUUUAAUUUGUCAGUCUGAUUCUGAUUGGAUUUUGGUGAACAUUAAAGGCCUCAGAUUGAUGCAGUGGGAGAUUUGGCAUAGGACGUAUUGACUGAGUAGUGUAUGAGGAACUUGAUUCAAGGAUUAUCAUUUUCCAGAUUGUCCCUGUCAUGGGAGUGUUUGAUAGGGACAUUGUAGAGAGAACUUUACUCUCUACCUAGCCCCAUUCUGUCCCUAUCCUGGGAGUGUUUGGGAUGUGGACAGUGUCAGGGAGGUUUAGUUUAAGUUUAAAAGUGUAGAAGGACCUUUACUCCGAAUCUAACGCUGUGCUGUAGAGUGUUUAAUGGAGUCAGUGUUUAUUUAGUUUCAGUUUCAGAAGUGUAGAGCAAGUUUUGCUCUAUAUCCAAGCCCACUCUGCAGCUGUCCUGAGUGUUUGAUGGAGGACAGUGUUGAUAAUGCAUCGAAAAUGUUUUAUUCCUAAUCUGUGGAGUGGUGGUUUCGUUACAGAAUGCAAUUAUUUUUCAACAGCAACACCACCUGACCUCGUUUACUGAAAAGUGUUUGCCUCUGGCCCUUCCCCUGACUAAAGUGUUGAGCAUUACAUCCACAAUAUUAAGAAGGAUUAUGAGAAUUAUUUUUUUGACCUUGUAUGCAAGGACACCUAGAAGUUGAGAGGAUGCGAGCCCAGUAAUUUAGUAAUGAUCUCCGUUUGCUUUAUAAGAUGACAGUCAGAUUUUGCUUGGACCCACUUGAAGAAGAUUGUUUUUGGCAUAAGUAUGUGCAAGUGUAAAUACAUGACGCUAAAGGUUUAAGUUUUAUUGUUGCUCUUGUGAUUUUGUUUUACCAGAGCUCAUUGAUUUUAAACUAGAAUCGAAAAUUAGCACCUGCAGGCUUCACUUUGAUACGUUGUCCAGAAAUGUUUUGUAUUUUCCACAGUGAUAAAGCUUCGCAACGUUAGUUCACUAAAGCACAUAAUGUGUUCCAAUGUACUCAACCAAGCAGGACUGUUCAGGUAAAGCCUGUAGUUUGGCUCUUAGAUCUUUCGUCUAAAGUUUAAAAGUAGUGCCCAAAGAUCUGAGGGAAGGAUAACAGCACUAGAGAAGAAAUUGCCUUUGGGUAUCAAACAGCAACUAUCUGGGUGAUCUCGUAGCAAGCUGUGAGCCAAGUAGAGAGAGAAUGCUAGCCUUGUCCACUCGUUAUAGGGUGCAGUAAGCUGUCACACAUGCACUGGGCCUGCAAACCAGAGGGACACUGCUGAGGUGCAAGUGUGUAAUGACACUGGCUCUCCCUGGAGGUAUACAAUUCAAAGAGCAUUCAUUUCAUUGCCCAAUAAACUGAUUUAAGGUUCAACUUCUGAAGGUGAAUUGCAUCAUGUGAAAGGUACUGGAGCAAUAUGAUUCUUUGAUGGAAGGAGUUUGUUGAAUGUCACCAGAAAUUAAUUCAUUUUUCGUCUAUGUUUGUUGUUACAAAAUUAGAAAAUGACACUGAACUAUUUAAGUUCACUAUGAAUAGAUACCAAAAGCCUGCUCCCUGUUGUUUGUGUCUUUGAAUUCAUGUGUGCAUUACUAAAAAUGUUUUUACCAUAUGGUUUCCUUGGAAAUAUUUCUUUGUGUGGGAAGUUCAAAUACAAGCAAUUUUAUUCAUAAUUGUAUCAACUCA